AUGGCGCAGCAAGAAAAUCAACUGGACAGCGAAAUAUUCUGCUGUUCGAUCUGUGUAGAUCUACUGAAGGAUCCGGUGACUACAGUCUGUGGACACAGCUACUGUAGGAGCUGUAUUAACACCCACUGGGACAACGAGGAGGAGAGAGGAAGCUACAGCUGCCCUCAGUGUAGACAGACCUUCACACCGAGGCCUGUCCUGGGGAAAACCACCAUGUUAGAUGAUUCACUGGAUGAGCCAGAGAAGACUGGACUCCAAGCUGCUCCUGCUGAUCACUGCAAUGCUGGACCUGAAGAUGUGGCCUGUGACGUCAUCCCUGUGAGAAAACUGAAAACUCUCAAGUCCUGUUUGGCUUCUUAUAGUUAUUCUGAUAAACACUUUGAGCGUCAACGUCAGUCAGCUCCACUGAAGAAGCUCAAGCUGGUGGAGCCCUCGAAGAAGCUCCAGGAGAACAUUUGCUCUCGUCACAACGAGCUGAUGUCAAUGUUCUGCCGCACUGAUCAGCAGUCUAUCUGUUAUCUCUGCUCUCUGGAUGAACAUAAAGGCCACGACACAGUUACAGCUGCAGCAGAAAGGGCUGAAAGGCAGAGAGAGCUCGGGCUGAGGAGACAAACAAUCGAGGAGACACUCCAGGACACAGAGAAAGAUGUGAAGCUACUUCAACAGGAGGAGGAGACCAUCAAUGGCUCUGCUGAUAAAUUAGUGGAGGACAGUGAGGAAAUCUUAACUAACGUGACAGCAGCUGUGUCACAGGUCAGUGGUCGAGUACAGGACAUUCUGAGUGAGACAGGGACAGAGUCCAACACUGAGGCAACAGCUCCUGCCCCUUCUACUACAACUGGUCAAGACCUCUCCAGCGUUGGCUCCGAAGAUGAUAGUGGCUCCUCAUUUGCUCACGUUGCCCAAAAGACAGAAGGUUAUGCAUUUGGAUCUACAGACUCCAACUUCUUGUGGCCAAAUGCAGUGUCUGGGUGUGCAGUGCCCUCAGCACCAAAGAGGACUGGAGAAGAGGAGACUGGUGAUGAAGAGUCGUCAAACAAUGUGGACCUUCGUUUUGAACCACUAGUGUCUCUACCAGAGGUGGAGACAACGUCUGGAGAGGAGGACGAGGAAAUUCUGUUUAAGGAGCGUGCCAAGCUGUACCGAUGGGACCGGGACCUCAGUCAGUGGAUAGAGAGCGGAGUAGGUGACCUCAAAAUCCUCUUCCACCCGUCCAAACAUUUCUCCCGAAUCCUGAUGCGAGAGCAAGUUCUGAGGGUUUGUGUAAACCACAACAUCAAGAAGGCAAUGGAGCUCAAUACUAUGACCGCCUCAGAUAACUCGCUGUUAUGGACUGCUACCGACUACUCAGAUGGCGAUGGUGAAGUCGAGCAGGAACUGGCAGUCAAGUUCGAAACGGCUAAUAUAACUGAAUCAUUCAAAGAGACAUUCUGCAAGUGUCAGAACCGAGAAGGCCAGAGCGGCGGCGGGGACUCGGCUGUCUUGUCACCACAGAUGUCUAGAAUUCAAGACCACUCUAGAGACAGUAACCCGCAGGUGUUCCUCACAGUCUCAGCCAACGACCAAACACUGGGCACCAUCACCAUAGAGCUUUUCUCCCAUAUUGUGCCCAAGACGGCAGAGAACUUCAAGGUUCUCUGUACCGGGGAGAAAGGCUUCGGACUGCAGAACUCCGUCUUCCACAGAGUAAUACCGGACUUCAUGUGUCAGGGUGGUGACUUCACAAAAGGGGACGGCACAGGAGGCAGGUCCAUCUACGGCGGCAUGUUUGAGGAUGAGAACUUCGUCGUUCGGCAUACGUGCCCAGGAAUCCUGUCAAUGGCCAACUGUGGGCGCGACACCAACCACUCCCAGUUCUUCAUCACGCUGAACAAAGCCGAACACCUGGACUUCAAACACGUGGUUUUUGGUUGGGUGCGGCACGGCAUGGACGUGGUGCAGCAGAUGGGGGAGCUGGGCACGAUGCAAGGCGUGCCCACAAAGAAGCUGGUCAUCACAGGCUGUGGACAGCUGUAG